GGGCUGUAGGGACAGGGGCCGGGCCUGGGGCUGGGUCUCUGUACAGAGGCCUGGCCUUUCUGCCACUUCAGGGCCUACCCCCUCCAGAAGAGGGGACAGAGGGGCUUGGUGAGAUACCCUGAAACCUCUUCCCUCCACCCCGCAGCUAGGUUCUGGGGCUGGGGCCUGGCUACAUGGGAGCCCAGGCCCCAGGCUGGCCGGGAACUGCCCUUCACACUGGCUUUCCUCACAUCUCACAGCCUGCUGCAUCGAGGGUCUGCCGCAGCAUGGCCCAGGCCCUAGGUGAGGACCUGGUGCAGGCUUGUGAGCUGCAGGAUGACUCCAGCUCUUUGGGGUCUGACUCAGAGCUGAGUGGGCCGGGCCCAUAUCGCCAGGCUGACCGCUAUGGCUUCAUUGGGGGCAGCUCAGCAGAGCCAGGGCCAGGUCACCCUCCUGCAGACCUUAUCCGCCAGAGGGAGAUGAAGUGGGUGGAGAUGACUUCGCACUGGGAAAAAACCAUGUCUCGGCGGUACAAGAAGGUAAAGAUGCAGUGCCGGAAGGGUAUCCCCUCAGCCCUGCGUGCCCGGUGCUGGCCCCUGCUGUGCGGGGCCCACGUGUGUCAGGAGAACAGCCCUAAUAUUUAUCAGGAACUGGCCGAGGCCCCAGGAGACCCACAAUGGAUGGAGACCAUCGGCAGGGACCUGCACCGCCAGUUCCCUCUGCACGAGAUGUUUGUGUCACCCCAGGGUCAUGGGCAGCAGGGGCUCCUGCAGGUACUCAAGGCCUACACCCUAUAUCGGCCUGAACAGGGCUACUGCCAGGCCCAGGGCCCUGUGGCUGCCGUGCUACUCAUGCAUCUGCCCCCGGAGGAGGCCUUCUGGUGCCUGGUGCAGAUCUGCGAGCUUUACCUGCCUGGCUACUAUGGGCCCCACAUGGAGGCUGUGCAGCUGGACGCCGAGGUGUUCAUGGCCUUGCUGCGGCGGCUGCUCCCACGUGUGCACAAGCACCUGCAGCAGGUGGGCGUCGGGCCCCUGCUCUACCUGCCAGAGUGGUUCCUGUGCCUCUUUGCCCGCUCCCUGCCCUUCCCCACAGUGCUGCGUGUCUGGGACGCCUUCCUCAGUGAGGGUGUGAAGGUGCUGUUCCGCGUGGGGCUGACGCUGGUGCGCCUGGCGCUGGGCACCACAGAACAGCUCCUGGCCUGCUCGGGGCUCCUGGAGACGCUCGGUGCCCUUCGAGCUAUCCCCCCUUCCCAACUGCAGGAGGAGGUCUUCAUGUCCCAGGUGCACAGCGUCGCCCUGUCUGAGCAGGACCUGCAGCGGGAGAUCAAGGCCCAGCUGGCCCGGCUGCCAGAGUCGACAUCCGGGCCUCGCCCACGGCCAAAGGCCCGCCUGGCCGGGGCCCGAGCCAUCUUUGAGGCCCAGCAGCUGGCAAGGGCACGGGGAAGCACCAGGCCUGAGGUGCCCCGCAUCGUGGUGCAGCCCCCAGAAGAGCCCAGGCCACCACGACGCAAGCCCCAGACCCGAGGCAAGACUUUCCAUGGGCUCCUGACUCGGUCCAGGGGCCCCCCUAUUGAGGGCCCCCCCAGGUCCCAUCGAGGCUCCACCUCCUUCCUGGACACCCGAUUCUGAAAGUCCCACUUCUGAGGGUACCAUAGACUCAAUGUCCUCCAACCCCAGUUACCCGAAUGGCUGAUGCCAGCCUCACAUGUGGGCACCGCACUUUAUUGCUGGACUUGGUGACAGCUGCCUUCUCACUGUUGACCAAGCGUAGUAAAUGAACCAGGAAGCAUUGGCUAGAAAUAAAUGAUUCAGAUUUGUCAAAAAUUCUCAGGGUUUGCAAACCCAAGACAUGGCUAGGCGAUGCCCAGAGCGUCCGGUGAAGAAAGGGAAGCUGGGAGUUCUGUAGUAAAACGCACACUCCCCAGAAGGUCGGUCCUGGUCCUGCAUCGGUAGGAGAUGGUGAUCUCCUGGGUGUCAGGCGGCCUGGACAAGUGAACAUUCUUUCCUACGGUC